UUAACACACAUACAAGCUUCUAUCUUCAAUGGCAUCCAUAAGAAUAUAUGCUAGCAUUCUCGUAGUUAUGAGCAUUUUAAGUUUUGGGUCGUCUGAAACUGGGAUUGGAACCAUCAAUGACCCUCCAUACUUACCAUCAGCGUGCUACGGGUUCCAAGAUGCAGGAGUUAUGAUAGCAGCUGCAAACCAAGAUUUAUGGCAAGGAGGAGCUGCUUGUGGCAAAUACUUCCAGGUGACUUGCACAGGUGCACUCAACCAAGGGGUGCCACACCCUUGUACGGCCACCCCCACAGUGACAGUAUUGAUCACCGAUUUCUGCCCGCCUCCUGGUUGCAAGGGAGACCUUGACUUGUCACAGGAAUCCUUUUCUAUCAUUGCUGAUCCAAGUGCUGGAGGAAUCAAAAUCUCUUACCAACAGGUGUGAAGAUGGAGAUGAAAGAUCAUGGAAGUUGGCAAGUUGCAGCAUUUUGAUUCACAGUACAUGUGUCUUGAUGCAUGCACGACCCGCAUUUCUAAUAUCAAGUUUUAGUCUGUUUGAUGUUUUAUCCCUUCUUUUCUGCUUUUGACUUAUGCAUGGCAUAUGAUUGUGAAUCCAAGGUGUUCAUGUUUGUACAAAAUUAAUAAAUUGCCCUCCAAUUUGUAUGACAAA